AUGGACAUGGUGAGGAGGAGGUUGAUGAUGGUGUUGAUGGAGAGGUGCAGCCCCGCGAGGAGGAGACGGCCGGCGGCAGCCACGGAGGCGGCGGCGGCGGCCCUAGGGGGCAGCGGCUCCUUGGCCCCCCUUCUUCCUUGUGGAUGGUGCUGCAAUGGUGCUGGUCCUCCCCUCCAAGACGGCGGCUCGGGAGGAGGAAAAUUCGUGGCCCUUGGUGACCUAGAUGUUGCAGGUAACUCUGGUGAGAAUGAGGGGAGUAAGAAGGCUAAGAAGAAGAUUAAGAAGAAAGGCAAUCUAUGUGGCUUUAAGUCAAGGUUUAACUCAAAAAGGCUGGCUGAGAUUGGGAAGCAGUUCAAACACAAGAACAAAUCUAUCACCUUCAGCAAGCUUAUGGUGAAAAGGAUUUUCAACGUGCCAUCCGGUGAUAGACCCGUGAAGCUUCUAAAGAAGAGUGAUGAACAUGAUCUUCGCAGCGUUUACAAAGAGGGGAACAGGGCUCCAAUCGCCCAUGUUGUCAAGUUGCUCACUAGUUGCAGUGAGGAGGACGUGGUUAUGAUAAAUAGGACUUGGGCACUCCUUGCGUUGGCAACAAUUUUGUGCCCAGGCACGGGCAAUAUGGUGAACCUCGAGUAUCUUGCUUCCUUGGAAGAUAUGUCUUUGGUGCAUGAAUUCGCUUGGGAUGAGCACUUGUUGGCACGAGCGAUGGAGGAGGUUGGAGUCUUUCAAGAGAAGAAGAGGAUGCAAGCAAACAUAGAAAAAGAGUUCCAGAUUGCUUCAUGCCUUCCCAUGUUAGCGAUCAUAUACAUGGAUCAUGUUGAUAUCCCGGCUGGCCUCCCAAAUGAGCAUGCUAUUGAUUAUUCCGUGCCGAGGAUACGUUUUGUUUGUCAAAAGGAUUUUGAGUGGUUGGAUAAAGUUGACAAGAACAAGCUCACUCUUAUCCAACCCUUCUACGGGAAACACACCCAUUUUAUGGCAGCCUUCUUAUUUCCGCCACUCAUGUUUUGUUUUCCUAGUUCCGGAGUUUGUGCAACACCCCCUAUGCAGCACAACUUGUGGGACAGGAAGUUGGUGCUGAAGCAGCUAGUGGGCAGGGAGUUGGUGCUGAAGCACCUAAUCCUACUAAAACAAGACCCAAUAACCUUCCAACCAGCAAAACUCAUCCCCGAGCUUGAAAGGGCUGUGACAAAGUUCAAGGCGAAUAAAUAUGACCUUCUUUUUUUCACAAUUGUUCAUGAUAAGCACUGGAUAAUUGUUUGCGCAAACUUGCUAUACAAGCAGUGGAAUGUAUUUGACUCAAUCCAUUCAAAAGGAAAACAAUCUCCUUUGAAGAAGCAGGCCAAUAACCUGAUCACAAACUUUGCAGCCCUCGCACGAGAGUACAGAGAAUUCAAUGUCAAUGUUGGAUCCUUCGCCCGUGUUGACCUAGAGGAUUACCCAAAGCAAGAUAACCUGAAGACAUGGCGCGAUACCGCAUGGACGUGGCGCACAACCUCUGCAUUAACCCAAUCAACAAUGCCCCAAUGGAGCGGGCAUUCAGGGAAGAGUUGGCGGCUUAAUUUGCUGGAGGGUUCAAGACGAUCAAGCUCGUUUGUUUCGUUAGGUCUAGAAUCAUGUCUGAGGUGGUAG